ACGAAACUGCCCAUCUUCCAGCGGUGUUCGUUUUUAGCAUUCGGAGAUUGGGUCCGAAGUAUACAUUUAUUGUUACUGCAGGUGUAAUGGUAACAGUGUAAUAACCUUUGGGAGGCAGUUGCGCAUCUUACGGACUGAUAGCUGCUGAUAGCGGGACACAGCUGGGGUCGCAGCGAUCGCGGCAAUCGUCGUAAUCGCUGUCCCCACGACGGAGUGCUGUCGAGAGUCCGUCAGUCGCUCCAAGGCAUCCCUGCGGGUAGCUUAGAGACUCGUCCUUCCUCAUCCUGACCACCGAGUAAUUAUCUCUACAUUCCUGAAGAAACGAUGGCAACGGCAGGUCGAGUCGUCGUCUACGGAGGAAAAGGCGCGCUCGGAAGCGCGAUUGUUUCUUUUUUUAGGCAGAAACAGUGGUGGGUUGCGUCCGUGGAUCACUUUCCGAACGAAGAGGCCGACGCCAAUGUGGUGGUCCAGUCUUGCGAAGCGUGGACCAACCAGCACGAACUGGUGCUCCAGGGAGUCGCCAAGGUGCUCAAGGAUGACAAGAUCGAUGCGCUCAUCUGUGUCGCCGGCGGAUGGGCCGGGGGAAACGCAGCUUCCGCUGACUAUGUGAAGAACUGUGAUUCUCUUUGGAAGUCCAGCGUUUGGACAUCAGUGAUUGCCUCCAGCCUUGCAUCAAAGCACUUGAAGGAUGGUGGUCUGCUUGCACUGACUGGAGCCAAGGCUGCGCUUGAGCCCACACCUGGCAUGAUUGGUUACGGCAUGGCAAAGGCGGCCGUGCACCACCUCGUGCAGAGCCUGGCUGGUAACAAAAGUGGGCUGCCACAAGGGGCCACUGUAGUGGCCAUACUUCCCGUAACGCUGGACACCCCAAUGAACCGAAAGUUCAUGCCUAAAGCAGACUUCUCCUCUUGGACUCCCCUCAACUUUGUGGCCGAGUUGUUCUUCAAAUGGACUACUGGUCAAGAGAGACCAGUCAACGGAAGCUUGAUGAAGUUGGUAACUGAAGGGGGCAAAACCAAUGUUUCUGCCUAAUUCAGCUAUUGUGCCAAUCGGCCAGCAGUGGGACCUAUCAUUAAUGAAAUCUCAAACUCUCCAGAUGUUCUCCGUGCAUUUCACGUAUGUUCUUUGACGUGUGCUUCUGGUAUGCAAAAGAACGGUCGUCUACUUAUGUCUUUUACUACAGUGUAUGCAAAAAUUAAAUAUUGAUUGCUCCUUA